GUGCGUUCCGCGCGGCCAUUUGUCCCUUCCGAUCGAUUGCGAGGAGAAGGCUCUCUUCCCAGUCUCCUCCUCCGCUCGUUACCGCUCAGUCCAGGUUAGCAUUUCCACCGACUCGCAAUCAUGGACGGUAAACACAUGCGAAUGUCGCUCACUGCCCUUUUCUGUAGACUCAGCGGUAUGGCAUCAUAUGCCGUGCUCGGCGGCCAGUUCAGUACAACAUUCUUAUCAUGAUGAACACCGCUUCCCCCUAGCACACAUUGGACACACCGGGCUAAUGAAUAUUCAUUCUUCCAUCAUGCCUCCCAACCUCGUCUCCCGAUCGCGAGAACACUCCUCACCGUCUUAACUUGCACAGCAACAGAAAUGACCACGAUUGUCGAGGUAGCCGUUGUCGACCUCAAGGAGGGCAUCGAUAAGGAGAACGCGGUCUUGGAGAAGCUCCGCGAGGGUGCGGCCAAGGGCGGGCUCAAGCGCCAGUCGUACGGCCUCAGCGUCGAACACCCCCAAAGGCUCUACUGGACUCUCUACUUCGAGAACGGGUUCGAGCAGAAGGACUUCAAGUGGCCCGAGGCUGAGUACGGCAACUUCGUCGACGACAUCAAGUCGGUCUCCGCCCCCGACUCGACGUACACGCGCCGCUACUUCACCUUCCCCUCCUUCCCGCAUGCCGUCACCGCCGCACCUGUCACCGAAGUGGCCAUCAUCACUCUCAAGGCGGAUGCCGACCUAGCCGCGUUCAAGGCUGUCCAGGAAGGUGCUCUUGGCAAGCUCACGCAGGCCCCUACCGUGCACGGUGCGACGUACUCCAUCACAACGGACGCCGGAGCCAACCCCGUCGUGCUUCUGCUCGUCGGCUGGGACUCAGUCGAGGCUCAUCAGUCAUUGGUCGCAAUCCCUGAGAACAAGGCGGCACUGGGAAGCUUGUACGGAUUCAUCGAGAAGGCAGACAUUCUACACGUCUCGUACUCCAACAAGACGUACUAGGGUGAUAUGCCAUUGCUACCGGCGUAACGCUCGACGGAGUGUUCUACGGAGUCCCUUCGGCGAGGUGGGUGGGUAUCGAUGGUGCGAAGAUGAAGCCAAAGAGACUUGUACAAUUGGAACGCGAAACGAUCUUGAUUUCAUUGUUGAUGUAUCCCCAGGUAUCUACGUGUGUCACUCAGG